AUGUUCAUAGCAGUAUUUCCUUUCCAGAAAAGUUGCUGCAAAAGCAAGUCUGUAGCUCAUCGGCAGCCUUGGCAAUUAGCGCAGACCUGGAUGCUCAAAAAACUGGAAUGGGUGGCAAAGUGCGGUCACUGGAGACAUCCCAGCAGCCUUUCAUAUAUCUACCAAAAAGGAUGUGGGAGAAGGGAAAGUUUGUACCAGUACUCCAAAUAUUCCGCGUUUUUUUUAAUAGUAACUUCAAGUUCUCCCAGCGUUUUUAGGCUGUUACGUGUUGAAAGUAGUGAGGCAGCGAGAAAGUUGCGUGGAUUUUCAUUUGUGACUGGUAUCGAUGACCAGCUGACCGAGUGUGGUCUUGAUGACUUCAACGACUGGAAUUAUGUGAUUACUAACGACAUUCCAGUCGCCGACGAAGUAUUUCCGAAAAAUCUGAACAGGACACUUUCUUCUCUGUGUAGCGAGAUAGAGGAUUUGUUAAUAAAACGAUGA